AUGUUUGGAGCAGUGUGUUCGGGAAGACCAAUUCAAUUAGCAAACCAGGUGGAAACCACCAAGUACGUUAUUGCCAUACCAAAUUCAUCCAAUGUUAAUUAUGUAACUGUUUUCUUAUUGCCCCAAACUGAAUUUACUGAUUCGAAUUUUACGGCAUUGGUAUAUUUCCAAUUACCAAAUUCAACUGAAUUUAAACUCUUAGGAGGAUUAAAUCCAUUGAAACCCUCGGCAAUUUAUAAGAUUAAUAAUAAUGAUAAUAGUAAACAAAAUGCGACCCAAUUGGAUGAUAUUGAUAUGAAUGAUUCUGCAAAUGCUGCUUCAACGAUAAAUAUCGGAAUUUCAAUUGAACCAACACCACAGGCGGAAGCUUUAUUGGCGGAAGCAAAAAGCAAUGUUUCGGCACUCACUCCUGUGCCAGUAAAAUCAACUUCUGGUAAUACUAAAAAUCCUCAAGAUACUGCAUUCUUAGCUAAUCAAAUUGUUACCCAUGCUUAUAACUAUUUGAGUGGGUUUGUUGAUGCAACCGGGAAAGUUCCAAUGAAAGCAUUUGAUACUUGGUGGGAAAAGUUUAAGAAUAGGUUGGUUAGUAAUCCAAAUUUUUUGGAUGAAUUAAAGAAUUAA